AACCUCCCGGCAGAGGAGGCGGCGACGCGGAGGGGCGCGGGAUCAGGGGCGCUGGGAAGGCGAGCGCGGCGAGGGGCGCAUGCAGGGCCCCGACGCGCCACUGCUCCUGAGCGCGGGGGAGCUGGGGCCCGGGCGCCGGGGCUCGGCCUCCUGGUACCGCCAGGAGGGCGGCGCGGUGUGCAACUGGCUGCGGAAGCCGCAGCCUCUCGAGCCACGCACCAGUUUCCCCUCCGCGCGCCGCUCCGAGUUCCGUCCACCCAGCAGGCUGCCAUGGCCCGGCCCUGCCUCCGCCCAGCCCGAGGAGGGUCACGCAGGCGGCAGAUGCCAGGCGGGCAGCCCCGCCCCUGCGCGCCGCCUCAGCGGCGCCUUCAAGACGCUGGUCCCAGGCACCCACGCCCAGGGCGCCGCGGAUAUCCACCCCCUCGGCCCCCCGCACACCCCGGUCCUGGAUGACCCCUCUCCGCAGGAUGGUUUCCCGGUCCUCUGGCGAGGAUCCUCCAAGACGUCUCACAUGAACCGGCUCAGAAACGCCAAAAUCUACGUGGAGAGAGCUGUCAAGAAGAAGAUCUUUACAAUCCAAGGCUGCUACCCGGUGAUCCGAUGUCUCUUGCGCCGGAGGGGCUGGGUGGAGAAGAAGAUGGUCCAUCGCUCAGGCCCCGCCCUGCUGCCACCCCAGAAGGAUCUGGAUAGCUCAGCGAUGGGCAACAGUGACACCACUGAAGAUGAGGAUGAAGAUGAGGACGAGGAGUUCCAUCCACCACAGCUGUUUGACUUCGAUGAUUUACUGAAAUUUGAUGACCUAGAUGGAACACAUGCUCUGAUGGUGGGUCUAUGUCUCAAUCUCCGGAAUUUGCCGUGGUUUGAUGAGGUUGAUGCCAACUCCUUCUUCCCACGCUGCUACCGCCUAAGGGCUGAGGAUGACAAAAAAGCCUUCAUAGAGGACUUCUGGCUGACCGCUGCCCGCAACGUUCUCAAGCUGGUGGUGAAGUCUGAGUGGAAGUCAUACCCUAUUCAGGCAGUAGAGGAAGAGGCCUCAGGAGACAAGCAGCCCAAGAAACAGGAGAAAAACCCAGUGUUGGUGUCCCCAGAGUUUGUGGAUGAAGCUCUGUGUGCGUGUGAGGAGUACCUUAGCAACCUGGCCCACACGGACAUCGACAAGGACCUGGAGGCCCCGCUGUACCUCACCCCCGAGGGCUGGUCCCUCUUCCUCCAGCGCUACUACCAAGUGGUCCAGUCCAGCCCUGCCCAAGUUCCAUCAUUUCCCCACAGCCAAGGGGCAGAACUCAGGCACCUCGACACUCAGGUCCAGCGCUGUGAGGACAUCCUGCAGCAGCUGCGGGCCGUGGUACCCCAGAUAGACAUGGAAGGGGAUCGAAACAUCUGGAUCGUGAAGCCAGGAGCCAAGUCCCGCGGACGAGGCAUCAUGUGCAUGGACCACCUGGAGGAGAUGCUGAAGCUGGUGAACGGCAACUCCAUGGUGAUGAAGGACGGCAAAUGGGUGGUGCAGAAGUAUAUUGAGCGGCCCCUCCUCAUCUUUGGCACCAAGUUUGACCUCAGACAGUGGUUCCUGGUAACUGACUGGAAUCCACUUACCGUGUGGUUCUACCGCGACAGCUAUAUCCGCUUUUCCACGCAGCCCUUCUCCCUGAAGAACCUGGACAACUCAGUGCACCUGUGCAACAACUCCAUCCAGAAGCACCUGGAGAACUCAUGCCAUCGGCAUCCACUGCUUCCGCCAGACAACAUGUGGUCUAGCCAGAGGUUCCAGGCCCACCUGCAGGAGAUGGGUGCCCCAAAUGCUUGGUCCACCAUCAUGGUGCCUGGCAUGAAGGAUGCUGUGAUCCACGCACUUCAGACCUCCCAGGACACCGUGCAGUGUCGGAAGGCCAGCUUUGAGCUCUAUGGCGCUGACUUUGUGUUCGGGGAGGACUUCCAGCCCUGGCUGAUUGAGAUCAACGCCAGCCCCACGAUGGCGCCCUCCACGGCAGUCACUGCUCGGCUCUGUGCUGGCGUGCAAGCUGACACCCUGCGCGUGGUCAUUGACCGGCGGCUGGACCGCAACUGUGACACAGGAGCCUUUGAGCUCAUCUAUAAGCAGCCUGCUGUGGAGGUGCCUCAAUAUGUGGGCAUCCGGCUCCUGGUAGAGGGCUUCACCAUCAAGAAGCCCAUGGCGAUGUGUCAUCGGCGGAUGGGGGUCCGCCCAGCAGUCCCUCUGCUGACGCAGCGAGGCUCUGGGGAAGGCAAGAACUCGGGGACCCCUACCCACAGGUCAGCUUCUAGAAAGGCGCUGGGGCCAGGAGCCUGGGGCACAGUGAGAAGCCAGUCUCCACUGCCACCACUUCAGCCCCCGGAAAGGGGAAGAAAGGCAAGGCGAAAAUGGCCACAGCCCUGGUCUGCCCCAAUCUCCGGGAGUGGGACACCCCCAGCACCAGGAUGGGCUGCGUUUUCACCAUGACCUUUUCUAGUGGGGACAGGCAACCCCACCACUUGAACAGAUUGCCAUUGAGUCCGAAGAACCCCCAGGCCCUGGGUAAGACCAUUCCCCCAAACACCCGAGUGUCCCAAGACGAUUUAUUCCUGCUCUCCAGGCCCCUCCCAACCACCUGGAUCAGCCACCCUACCGAAGAGCCACCAGUAGCAAGUAAAAGCCACUACUCACAAAGUAUUCUUUAAAAAUACACAGCCAAAAUAGCUGGGCAUGGUGGUGCGAGCCUGUGGUCCAGGCUACUUGCAAGGCUAAUGAGGAUCGCUUGAGCCCGGGAAGUCAAGGCUGCAGUGAGUUAUGAUCGCACCUCUGCAUUCCAGCCUGGGAGACAGAGCGAGAUGCUGUCUUAAAAACAAAAACACAAAAAAAGCACUUUGGGAGGCCGAGGCGGGCAGAUCACUUGAGGUCAGGAGUUCGAGACCAAGCUGGCCAACAUGGUGAAACCCCAUCUCUACUCUACUAAAAAAUACAAAAAUAGCCGGGUGUAGGGGCAGGUGCCUAUAAUCCCAGCUACUUGGGAGACUGAGGCAUGAGAAUCGCUUGAACCCAGGAAGCGGAGGUUGCAGUGAGCCGAGAUUGCACCAUUGCACUCCAGCCUGGGCGACAAGAGCGAAACUCUGUCUCAAAAAAAAAUAAAUAAAUAAAUAAAUACCCAGCCAAAUGAGUAUUGUCUCCUCCAAAGUAGUUACUCUGCCUCACAGAGUGACUUAUUUCAAAGAUGACCUUAUUUCAAAGAUGCCAGGACUUAAGCCCAGGUUGCUCUCUCCAAUGCCCAUGCUUUUCCCACUGCAGUAUUCUGCCUUUGCCUUCAAGCAGUCACCUCUGGGAGAAAGAACUAACAUGUGUCUUGCACUUAACAGUUUGCCCCAUGCCGCUACCUGCCCAGCUCCUUUAGUGCUUACACCAGCCUAGCAAGGUAGGUGCUAUUAUCCCCAUUUUCCAGCCGAGGUAUCAGGAAGUUUAAGGAAGUUGCCCAAGGUUGCACAGCUCAGAAGGGGCACAGCUGGGAUGCAGACCCAGGUCUGUUGGACUCUACCCUGUUUUCUUCUCACUGCCUCUGGAGGAGGAACCGGGAGGGCUCCAUCUGCCUUCACCCCACUCCCUCCACAUCCCCCCAUCCUCCACACAUACCUUUUAGGGCAGCUAGGCCACCUUGGGGGCCCCCCAGGCCCUCACAGCUUCUCUUGCUCCCACAGCCCCUCACCACUUCCCCAGCCUCCACACCAAGGCCCAGCUGCCUUCUCCCCAUGUACUCCAACACCAGGGCCAGGUCCUCAGACGACAGCACAGCAAGCUGGUGGGCACUAAGGCCCUGUCGACCACAAGCAAGGCCUUGAGGACUCUACCCACGGCUAAGGUCUUCAUUUCCCUCCCACCCAACCUUGAUUUCAAGGUGGCACCCGGCAUCCUGAAGCCAAGAAAGGUGGGCCUCGACCUGUGACUCACACCCAGUGGACAGUGCUGAGCACGGGGUCAGGGCUGGAGGGCACAGGCAGAGGGCAGCUCCCAGGCUGGCUGGCACCCAAGGGAAGAGCUUGUCUCCCUCAGAAGCCCCUUCCUCAACAGAUUUCUGAUCAUCUCCUUCUUCUCCCCUCCUUUCACACCGAGGCUCCUGCUCUCCUGUGCCUCCGAGGCCCCCAGCUGGAAGUGCCUUGUUGCCUCUGCCCUUUGAAGUCGGAACAAUUCCUAGCACCUGUAGGAAGGUCAAGGCCAAAGGCAAAUUCAAGGCCAGACUGUGACAAACCCAGGGCUGAGACCUGCCCCAUGAAGAGGCUGAGCCCCCUGAAACCCCUGCCCCUUGUUGGUACAUUCCAGAGGCACAGGGGCCUGGGGGAUACGAAGCUAGGGAAGCCCCUGCUUCGAUUCCCCACUGCCCUUGUCCUGGAUCCAACACCAAAUAAAAAGAAACAAGUGAAGUA